GCGGCGGCAUGCGCGCGGGCGGGGCGUGUGCGUCGACAACUCUGGACUCGCUCGACCUGCGCACCUCGCGGCCGCCGGGCGGCCCAGGCGCCCUGGCGCGGCAGGCCUCGCCGGGGCAGGACUCCAGGUCGCCCCUGACCCAGAUCGCGUCGACCCCGCCGCUGGGCCCGGCCUCGCCCGCGGAGUCCCCGGAGCGCAGGACGCCCCCGCGGGAGGCCUGCCCGCCCUACCAGCUGCCCGACCCGCUGUCGGAGCCGGACCUGCCGGGAGGGCGGACCGCGGCUUCCCGCGCCGAGCCUCCAGUGACGGGAGCCACCCCUGCGGCUGCCCCGCCCGCGGAGGCGACGCUGCGCGUCUGGCCCGCCUGCCCGCCCGCCCUCACACUCGGGGCGCGGCGCGUGGACUCCGCCCUCCUCGACGCGGGGCACGAAGUAAAGUGGGACAGAGACAAGCUCAUGGCCGCCCUGCGGGGCACCCGUGAGCGAUAUGAUUUUACGAUUGUUGUCGAGUCUAAGCUAUCGGAGCUAAACCUCGACACUCGCGCCAACGACACACCAGAGGAGCUGCUCAAGACGCUGGACACGGUAAUGCGAGAGGCUGAGAAAAUUAUCUUCGAACGUGGAGCCAAGGGCCACGUCGACGCCGACAAGCAGGAGCGUCUUCGGCCACUGGCUCAGCGGCGUGAGCUACGAGUACAGCUUCAGGAAUGUGACCUCUCGGAGCUAGAAGAGUACACCAGGGCGUUGAAGGUCAUCGCACAGAAAUGCCACAAGCAGCGCAAGCGGGCCUAUGAACGCAAGCAGGAGGCGCUCGUUGAAGAGAUCUACGAGGCAUGGAGGCGGCGCAGCUUGGCUGGGGUUCACCGCUUGAGCUUGCGCCUUGCUGGCGGCCGCUUCGGCAGCGGCAAGCGAGACUUCUCGCGACCGCAGGGCGCGCUUCCGACCAAGGUGUGCUGGUCUGUAGAGUUUGUGGCUCAGAACAUCGCUAUCUUCGUAAGUAUAACCUACACGCUCGUUCGCAUUUGCUGCGCGCCCCUUCUCAUCGAUGUGGACACGGGCAUGGUCGGAGAGGAUUCGGUUCUACCGUUGGCGGGAGUCCUUCUGGCGCCGAAGAGGAAGGCCGACGGGGCGCCCGACGGCGAGCCGAAAAGACAGAAAGAGACGAAGGGCAAGAGCAAGGGCGAGGACAACGACAGCCUCGUGACAAAGGUCGCCAUCCUUUCCACCGACACCGCACGCGAGCAGGUGAUGUGCUCGUCCAUGGUGCUGCCGACUUACCUCAGUCCCGCGGAGUCGUACCGAGCAGGACUGGCCGCCAACAAGUCCUACGAGGACAUGGUCAAGGCACUUCACGACCGAACGGCGGAGGGCGAGGAUGUGGACUUGUCGACGUUAGGGCCACCGUUCAUCACCGUGUUCUUCAUGACAACGAGGGCGCUCCUGUUGAUGACGCCAGAGGAGAUCCAGCAGAAGGUAGAGGAGUAUUUCAAUCCGCACCUGAAGGAGAAGCCGAUGCAGUACAUGGGCAUGAUCCGUCACUUCACGGUGAGGGCGCCGCGCGGGCCAGGACCAAAGAAGUUGGGGGGCACGGUCAGGCUGCAGUACGCUUUGGGGCCGAACCCGCUCAGCUCGGAGGUGAACUGGUUCCGGGACGCGGCUUUGACGGAUCUGAAGGCAUCGCAGCUAUUCGCCAUGUCGGCGUGCUCGGCGGUCGAGGCCAAGCUUGCAGCGCUGCUCUCUUCGGUCAGCGCCACGGUGGUCAAGCGGCCGCUCCGGGAGUGGCUUCUCAAGGAGGCGGUGGUGGCGGCGGCCACCGCCUGCCUUGCUGCUCCGGCGGCGGGAGCCGGCAUUGGCGGCGUUCCGGAGGCCUGUUCGGCCUGCGCUGUCAUCGACGGCUACGAGGACGUGCUCAUCAAGUACGGGCACGACCACAAGAAGGCCACGGGCGAGGACAUUCGUCGUCGUCUCGUGGACGGCGGGCACCGCGAGCUCGCCAAGGAGUGGGUCAGCCUGCGCAACGGCCGGCGCGCUUGCGCGCACCCGCACCGUGAGCUGCUGGACAAGAUCCACGGCGCUCUUUCGUGCGCGGCUGACCCCCCGACCUGCUGUUCCACGGGUGCCAGCGGGGACGAAGGCUAUCACUCCGACUCGGCGUCGGGCAGCGGGGACGGCCUGUCUGGGCCCCUGCAGGAGCUGGCGCGGGUCAAGCAGGAGCUGGCGCUGGUCAAGGAGGAGGCUUUCGCCCACAGCCAGCGCGCGGACGAGGCUGAGGGCAUGCUGCUGGUCGAGCGCGCGCGGGUCGCCGAGUGCCAGGAGCUGCUCUCUUCGGCCGAGGGUCGCCUUCAGGAGUGCCAGGCGGUCGCCGACAGCCUCUGCGACGAGCUCAUGGCGACUCGUGCCGUUGCCCGGGGUUUCUCACAGGAGCUCCAGCAUAUCGAGGCUAAGGUCGUCAGCGACUGCAUCACCGAGCUGAUUGGGGAGAAGAAGGGCGGCGCGCUUCCCAGCUUUCACGAGGACUCCGCCGCGCGGGAGGUGGUGAGCCCCGCCGACGGCGAGGAGGUUCUUGCUGAAGCGUCGAGUGGAGCCAACCAGGAGUCCGAGGGCGAGAUCGAGUAUGCCGCCAAGUCCUCUGGGCUCUCCUUCGGUGUCGGCGCCGAGAAGAUUUCUUCCUGUUCUUCUUCUCCAGGGCCCGCUCCGCUUGACGAGGACAUGAUGUACCUGCGUGCCAAGCGGAUGGUGGAGGUUCUCAACACCCGCGAGUUCGCUAUCAAUCCCAUCGACGACGAGGCCGCGUCCGCUUUGGCGGGUUUUGGCGACUACUGGGCCUCGCAGCUCGUGGAGGAGAUGAUCGCGAUGAAGGCCAAGAUCCGCAACCCCAGCGGAUUCAUCAAGGCCGCCGCUCGCCGUGCAGGACUUGGGCCACCAGCCUGGUGA